GGGAAAGAUUAGUCUGGCAAAGGAAAAAAAAAAAAACCACAGAGGAGCAGAAAUGGCUUCCAAACCAGGACUUCUCACCGAGUGGCCAUGGAAGCCUCUGGGGAGCUUCAAGUACGCCAUUUUGGCACCAUGGGCGGCUCACGGCACGUACCAAUUCAUGGCGAAGGGGCCCGACGAGAGGGACUUGGGCUAUUUCCUCAUAUUCCCUUUUCUUCUGGCGAGGAUGCUUCACAAUCAGAUCUGGAUCUCGCUCGCCCGCCAUCGUACGGCUAAAGGCAACAACCGGAUCGUCGACAGAGGCAUCGAGUUCGAGCAAGUCGACCGAGAAAGCAAUUGGGACGACCAGAUCUUGCUCAACGGGGCUCUAUUUUACGCGAGUCUCCUGACAAUCCCAGAAGCCUCCCACUUGCCACUAUGGAGAACGGACGGGGUGAUCGCCACCGUCCUGAUCCAUGCCUCGGCCGUGGAGUUCCUGUAUUACUGGCUUCACCGAGCUCUCCACCAUCAUUUUCUCUAUUCUCGCUAUCACUCCCACCACCACUCCUCCAUUGUCACCGAGCCCAUCACCUCGGUAAUUCAUCCGUUCGCGGAACACAUAGCGUAUUUCAUGCUAUUCGGAAUACCCUUGUUCACGACGCUGUUCUCGAGAACGGCAUCGAUAGCAUCCCUGAUGGGCUACAUCAUGUACAUUGAUUUCAUGAACAACAUGGGUCACUGCAACUUCGAGCUCAUCCCCAAUUGCCUCUUCACCAUCUUUCCACCUCUCAAGUACUUGAUGUACACUCCAUCCUUCCACUCGUUGCACCACACCCAAUUCCGGACAAACUACAGCCUCUUCAUGCCGAUCUACGACUACAUAUACGGGACGACGGACCGGUCAACGGACGACACGUACGAGACGUCCCUUCGGAGAGCGGAAGACUUGCCGGACGUGGUGCAUCUGACGCACCUGAUGACGCCGGAGUCCAUCUAUCACCUGCAGCUAGGGUUCGCCUCCCUCGCGUCCCGGCCUCACUCACCCAAGUGGUACCUGCGGAUGCUGUGGCCGCUCACGCUCGCCUCUGUGGCAUGGACCUGGAUCUACGGCCAUUCCUUCGUCUUGGAGAGGAACAGCUUCAGGAAACUCAAGUUGCAAUCUUGGGUGAUUCCAAGAUACAAUGUCCAAUAUUUAUUACAAUGGCGAAGGGAAGCCACCAAUGGUUUGAUAGAAGAAGCUAUCCUGGAUGCUAAUCAGAGAGGAGUCAAGGUUCUAACAUUGGGUCUUCUCAAUCAGGGAGAGGAAUUGAACAGGAAUGGUGAAUUGUACGUUCAAAAGCACAGAGAUUUGAGGACCAAGUUGGUGGAUGGGAGUAGCUUGGCAGUGGCAGUUGUGCUUCACAGCAUUCCCAAAGGGACAAGCCAAGUGCUCCUCAGAGGCAACCUUAACAAGCUUGCUUAUGCCAUUGCCCAUGCUUUAUGUGCAAGGGGUGUCCAGGUAAACGUAGCUUCUAAGGAUGAACAUGAGAAGCUCAAAGGGAGUCUCAAUGGGACGUACGGGGGCAAUUUGAUCCUUUCGACAACUUAUUCUCAAAAGAUAUGGUUGGUAGGAGAUGGACGUGGCGAAGAAGAGCAGAAAAAGGCACCCAAAGGAACGUUGUUCAUACCCUUUUCUCAAUUCCCUCCUAAGCAAAUCCGCAAAGAUUGCCUGUACCACAUCACUCCAGCAAUGAUCGCUCCCCGGUCAUUCAGUAAUUUGCACUCCUGUGAGAAUUGGUUGCCGAGAAGGGUGAUGAGCGCUUGGCGAGUAGCAGGGAUAGUGCAUGCUUUAGAAGGAUGGAAUGUGAACGAGUGUGGAAACACAAUGCACGACAUAGAGAAAGCAUGGGAAGCAAGCCUCCGACACGGGUUCCAGCCGCUGGCCAUCUCAGCCGUGUGAAGCGACAAGGGACUAAAUCGGAAAGAAGCGGUAUGGGGUUGUAAUGCUCAGCGCGUGCCUUUUGGUCAAGAUUGUACUAAGUACGCAUUUUGAUUCCGAAAUAACUCACGUCCAACGAUAAUGAUAGUAAACUAUUCCAGUUUGUUGGUAUCGAUCGAUGUGGCUAUCCUAAAGCUAGAUGGUGUCAGUGUAUGUACUGUUGUUUAAUCCUUAAAAGAGAGUCGCUACACUUACUGGUUCUUAAGACUUUGUUUGGAUGUCAGAAUGUGAUUAAGCUCUAAUAAGUCACACUCUCUUCUUGGUUCUCAAA